UGCUCAGCACCGUGCUGAGGCCUCGGCUUGGCGAGGGGCUUCCCCUGCAGCCCCCUGCUCCUGCCAAAGCAGCCGCUCGGGCUCAUGUGCAACAGCCCCAUGGUUUUGGGGUGACACCCAGGGAGGUGCCGAGCACCCUCUUCGGGGCUUGACUUCUUCAAACUUUGCCUUCCAGGUCCCUCCGGGCUGCUCCGGUCCCUCGCUGCGCCGUGGGAGCUGGGCGCUUUGAGCGAUGAGCCUGCACUGGGAGAGCCCCGCUGCUGGCACCUCGGGGACCCCCUGAACUGCACCGGGAGAGGAGCCCGCCGGCAGGUGGAAUGGGGCAGCCAUGAACGGCGAUGCCCUGUGCCAGGAGCCCUCCUCCCCGCUCCCCGACUGGCGCGAGUUCUGCGAGCUGCACGCCCAGGCGGCCGCCGUCGACUUCGCCCAGAAGUUCUGCCAGUUCCUGAGGGAGAACCCCCACUACGACACCCCCGGCGCCGAGGCCUCCUUCUCCCACCACUUCGCCGCCAACUUCUUGGACAUCUUCAGCCUGGAGGUCAGCCGGGUCUUCGUCUCCGACUCGCCCACCAAGUACAACAUCGUGCCCUUCGUGGGGCUGCAGAACUGCCACGUGCCCUACGGGCGCGAGGUGGCCCAGCGGAAGGAGGAGACCUCCACCGAGUCCCUGGACAGCAUGGAGGCCCCGCUGGGUGCCGGCCGCUACCUCAGCCCGGCGCAGCAGGCCCAGGCGCGCAAGGUGUCCUCCUACGGCCAGUCCCGCAGCUCGGAGGACGUCUCCGUCCACGCCGCCGCCAAGCCCAAGUUCAAGAAGGGCUUCUCCUUGAGGAACAUGAGCUUGUGCGUGGUGGACGGCAUGAAGGAGAUGUGGCACCGCAGGUCUUCUCCGGAGCCGGGUGCCGAGGCCAUGCCGGGCAGCAGGAGGGCUGAGAGGGAGCCGUGGGCGGCUGGGGGCAAGGAGCCCAGCGACCCGCGGGAGAAGUGGACCCACAAACUGCGGCUCUCCAAGGCUCAGUCCUCCAAGGUGGAGCUGGUGGACAUCCAGCGGGAGGGGACUCUGCGCUACAUGGUCGCCGACGACACGAACUGUGUGGGGAGCUCGCAGUGGCAGAAGUGCCGCCUCCUGCUCCGCAAGGCGGUGAAGGUGGAGGGGGAGAGGUUCCUGCUCGAGUUCUACGUCCCUCCGAAGGCUUCCAAGCCCAAGGUGAGCAUCCCGCUGUCAGCCAUCAUCGAGGUGCGGACCACCAUGCCUCUGGAGAUGCCCGACAAGGACAACACCUUCGUCCUGAAGGUGGAGAACGGUGCCGAGUACAUCCUGGAGACCAUCGACUCCCUGCAGAAGCACUCCUGGGUGGCAGAUAUCCAGGACUGCAUCGACCCUGGGGACAGCGGGGAUGACAUCGAGCUGGCCUCCUGCGCGCAGGGAGCCUGCCUGCCGGGCAGGGCGUCCUCCUGCAGCUGCGAAUUUCUGGCUGACGAUGUGCACAGGCCACCAGACAGAUGUGCCCUGCCUGGUGCUCACAACGCUGCCACUGCCACCACCGUGUCCGUGCCCCAUGGCCGGGGCAGGGACUCCCUGGGGGAGCUGCUGGCCCAUGUCCCAUUGGAGAGCUUUCUGCAGACGCUGGAAUCGCCCCCCACCACCGGCACAGGGGAGGACAGCGAGGCGGAGGCAGAGGUCAACCUCUCCGACUUCCCCUGGUUCCACGGGACUCUCUCGCGGAUCAAGGCGGCUCAGCUGGUGCUGCUCGGCGGUGCCAGGAGCCACGGCUUGUUCGUCAUCCGGCAGAGUGAGACGCGGCCCGGGGAGUACGUGCUGACCUUCAACUUCCAGGGGAAAGCGAAGCACCUCCGCCUGUCGCUGAACGAGAGCGGGCAGUGCCACGUGCAGCACCUCUGGUUCCAGACCAUCUUCGACAUGCUGCGCCACUUCCACACGCACCCCAUCCCGCUCGAGUCGGGCGGCGCGGCCGACAUCACGCUCCGCAGCUACGUGGUGGCCCAGAGCCCGCUGCCCGAUGCCGGCCCCCCGCCAGCCAUCGUGCCACAGCCACCGGGCUGCCGAGCCGACCUGCCGCCCCCGCACUACUUCUGCAGCACAGCACCCGCUGCCCCACCGGCCCCACCACCCGCCGAGGGGGUGGCCACAGCCCCUGUUGUCCCCGUCCCCGCACCCUACCACCGUCUGGAGGGUGCCCUGGGCCCCCGGAGCCGCAGCGACAGCGCCGAGCGCCGGCCGGAGCCCCCAGCCGCCGGCGCCGAGGACUACCACGAUGCCGACGGUGCCCGCAGCCGGACCCGGGCGGUGGAGAACCAAUAUUCCUUCUACUGAGCCCCCCGGGGGCAGGAUGGCAGGGGGGGCAAGGGUCACCCACACCUCGCCACCACACCAGCCUCGCUGCCACCACCGCCACCUCCUGCCACCACCAGCACCGCGGCCAGGACCUCCUUCUUGCUCGCUGCUGCUUUCGGGAGCCGUGUGAGCAGCGAGCGAUGGCACGGCCAGUCCCAGCCCUGAGGCUGGGGUGGCGCUGGGGGCUUGGGAGGCUGAAAGCAUCAGUGCCAUUUCGGAGCUUGCAGCAUUUUCCCUUUCCCUCUGGACCAAGAGCUCUCCCAGGACCGAGUCAGCAUGGGGCUCGGGUGUUUUGGGAUGAUUGUGGGGACAGCAGGUGCCCCCCAGGGGCUGCUCUCCCGCAUGCCCAUCCGUGUGCAUCCCAGGGGCAUGCCUUUCGUUCGCUCUGCCAGGAGAAGGCAUUUUUCAAGGCCAAACAUCUCAUUGGAGGAAGGUUUUUUCCUGCUGUCCUGCCACUUCUGUUCCUUUGUCCUUUCUCUCCUUGUAGCUGGAGACUCCCUGAAUAAGCCCUUUCUUCCUCCCUCUCUUCCUUGGCUUUUGAAACCUUGGCUGCCUGCAAGGGCAUCAGCUCAGCCUGCUGCCUCCUUUCUACUGCAGCUAGGCAAUCAUUUCCAGUGCUCAAGGCAAACCUUGAAAAACACAACAUCCCCACUUGGAUCGGCUGUUAGUCAGCGGGGAUGUGUCGGGGGAUUCAGACAGAGGCCAGGGGCUUGUAUGCAGAGGUGGAGGCAGUCUCACCUCCACGAGUGCUCACCUGGACUCCCCGGGAGUGAAAACACUACAGACCUUCAGUAGAUGCUAUUGAAGAUUUUUAUUUUUAUUUUUCUUAUAGAAAUUGAAAUGCCCGGAAAGAAUGAAAGGAACGGGGCUGCUACCAGGUGGAGAAACAAGUGAAUCAGAGGGGCCGGGUUAGGCUGACAGCACGGGCUGCCAGCAUUUCCCUUGCUGGUGGCUGAAAUGCCACCCUGACCCUGCCUGUGUGUGCGGCAGCACAACUGCUGGCAAGGCCCGGGCGCUGUCUCUGCCUGUUAGCAGCAUUGUGGCUUUUGAGCAGCCCCCAGCGCAGGCACAUGCGUCUCUAGCUGAAACAGGAGCUCCCUCCUACACCACUGAGACCUGGGAGAGAGCGCAGAGCAGAAAACCACCGGGGCCAGGCUGCUUGGUAGGAUUGUGUGCUUUGCGUAGGGUAGGAGCCAAGCCACAACCUAGUUCAGAAACCAUUGAAUUUGCCUGGAGAGUUGCUUUGGCAUCUGGUUUUGGUUUGGGUCAGUUUUGUGGUUUGUUUGUGUUUUUGUUUCUUUUCUUUUUUUUUUUUUAAAGGUGCCUUCUUUCCUGAGCUAGCAAAGUGUGUCCCCAGCUCCGGAGUCACUUUCUCCCCCUUCACCAGGUCAGGGGGAUGUCUCCGAGGCUCCUUGCCUCCUCCAGCCAGGCGGGAGCUGCCUUUCUGGCCGAUAGGUGUGUGGGCUGAGAGCUGAGAGAUCUUCCUGCGGCCAGCUCCCCCUUCUCCCCAAACUCGUGGCCCUUCAGCCCUGCCACAACAGCAGCCACCUCCAGCAGCUUGGGCAGUGGGAGCUGUUUGGUGUGCUGGGGUAUUUCUCCUUCCUCAGCGCAGCUAAACACAGCCCAGGCAGGGAGAGGCCAGAUGCUCUCGGGUUUAACAUGGACCUGCUUCUUUCACGCACACGGUGAAUGAGGGGGAACCUCCAGAUGCAGCACAGACAUCGUUGCUCUUGUUCUUCCCCGAGGUCCGAGGUGGCUGCAGAUGGGAGCACUGCCUUAGAGCCCUUCACACGGUGGCUGAUUUUUCAUCUUCUGUGCCACAGGAUAGGAACAGGGUGUGGGGGGGGGAGUGAUGAUCUGCAAGCAAAAAUGUUGAUUUGUAAAUAGGGAAGAGUCUGGAAGAGUUUACUGUUCUGUAGAAUAAAUUAAUUUUAUUU